AUGUCAGGCAACCAAGCCCUGAACACCAACGCCCGCGUCGGCCAGCAGGCCGACCUGGGCAUCUCGACGCGCGCCUCGGACUGGUACUUUGCCGUCUGCGCCAUCAUGGCCGUCUCGACCCUCGUCUUUUUGGGCAUGGGCUUCACCAAGCGCGAGACACACCGUCUCUUCCACUACAUCACAGCCUCCAUCACCUUCGUCGCCUGCAUAGCGUAUUUCUCCAUGGGCGCCGGUCUUGGGCGCGUGCCCAUCCAGGUUGAGUUCCCGCGCAACAACGACAUUCUCGGCCCUGGAGGCGUUGGCACACGCGAGAUCUUCUACGUGCGGUACAUUGACUGGUUCAUCACCACGCCGCUGCUACUGCUCGACCUGCUCCUCACCGCUGGGCUCCCUUGGCCCAGCAUCCUCAUCGCCCUGCUCGCGGACGAGAUCAUGAUCGUCACGGGCCUCGUUGGCGCCCUCACGAGCACGAGCUACAAGUGGGGCUACUGGGUAUUCGGCAUGUUCGCCUUCUUCUACGUCGUCUAUGCGCUCGUCAUUGACGGGCGCCGGCAUGCCGCGGCGCUCGGCGGGCAAGUCAGCUCGACCUACCGCAACUGCGGUGUCUUGACUAUCUUCCUGUGGUUCCUGUACCCGAUCGCUUGGGGCGUUAGCGAGGGCGGCAACAUCAUCCACCCGGACUCGGAGGCCAUUUUCUACGGCAUCCUGGACGUGAUGGCUAAGCCUGUAUUUGGGCUACUCCUCCUCUGGGGACACAGGAACAUCGACCCCGCAGCUCUAGGUCUGCACAUUCGCGAGCCAGGACAGAACAAGAUCCAUCCUGGCCAGCAUGGUGGCGAGCAUGGGCACCUCGGUGCCGCUGGGCCCAGCAACGGGCUCUGA